AUGUUGCCAGUUGAUACCUACCUCUAUUCUGCGGCGGACAGCCGGGUUGCAGAUGCAAAUGCCAUUGCACAGCUCAAUGUGCCCGGUUACACCCUGAUGCAGCGGGCUGCGCAAGCGGCGUUGGCACUCUUAUUGGAUCGCUUUGCCGGUGUGGGUGCGAUCACCGUUGUCUGUGGCAAAGGCAAUAACGCCGGCGACGCUUAUCUUGUUGCUAGCGGCGCUCAUCGCCUCGGUAUAGAGGUGCAGCUUCUGGCGGCAGAACCGCCUUCAUCUCUGCAGGGGGAUGCGGCUAAAGCGUUUGCCGAAGCAGCUGCAAACGGCCUGGUUGUAGACAAUAAAAUUCAACCCCUGCUGGGCGGCCUGAUCGAGGGCAAUAAAAUUCAAUCCCUGCGAGGUGGCGUGAUUGUGGAUGGCUUGCUCGGCACCGGGCUGCGGGGUGCGCCCCGGGCGGAAUACGCCGACUGGAUACAACGGAUCAAUGCGUCCGGCAAACCGGUCCUUAGUCUGGACGUGCCAUCGGGUGUCGACGCCGAUACCGGGGCUGCGCCAGGCGCGGUGGUGAGUGCCACCCAUACGUUGUCGUUUAUCACGCCCAAAAUUGGUCUUCACACUGGCGCUGGCCUUGCGGCGGCAGGCCAGCGGCACCUUGAUGAUCUCGGCGUACCGUCGCACUGUUUCCCCGCAAGCCCGGUUACAAGCCUGCAUUGGCGCCGUGAUAUGUUGCCUGGAUUGGAAGUGAAUACUUACAAACAUCGCCAGGGUCAUGUGGUCAUUGCGGGCGGUGAUGACAAUAUGCCUGGUGCGGUGAUCAUGGCUGCAGAGGCGGCGCUUCGUGUAGGUGCGGGGAUGGUCACUGUGCUCACCCGGGCUCAGCACACCUCAGCACUGGUCAGCCGCACACCGGAAAUCAUGGUACUGGGCUUUUCCGAAUCAGACGACAAUGAGCGGGUGAAAGCACUGCUGGGUAAAGCCAGUUGUGUGGUUCUGGGUCCAGGUCUGGGCCGCAGUCCCUGGUCAAAAUCACUUUUUGAUCAGGUUCAGGCCUCGGGUCGACCCGCCCUGGUUGAUGCUGACGGAUUAUACUGGCUGGCAGCCGAAGGUGCCUGGCAUGGGGGGGCGUUAACAAUUACCCCUCAUGUCGCUGAAGCGUCGCGCCUGUUGGGCCUGGAGGCAGACAUCGUGCAAGCUGAUCGCCUUGCUGCGGCACGACAUCUGGCUCAGCAGUACGCCUGCCAGGGAGUGUUGAAAGGUGCAGGCUCGAUUGUUUUUGCAGAAAGCAAUGCGGAACUGGCGAUCUGCGGACAUGGCAAUCCGGGCAUGGCUUCUGCUGGUAUGGGUGACGUGUUGAGUGGUGUGCUUGGUGGCAUGCUGGGUUACACAGGCGGUCCAUUCUCGCCGUUGCAGGCCUUGAAUGCAGGUGUUGCACUGCAUAGCGCAGCGGCAGAUCAUGCAGCGCUCGAAUUGGGUCAACGCAGUCUGCAGGCUACGGAUGUCAUUGCGGACAUGGACAAACCGGUUGAGUUACAAAGCCCGGAAUUGCAUCAGCAUUUGCCUGAUGAAGCGGCAACGGUUGCCUUUGGUCGCAGGCUGAGUGACAUUUUACUGACACGCUUCGGUGGUCGGGCUGUGGUUUUCCUGCGUGGUCAGCUGGGUGCGGGUAAAACAACCCUGGUUCGGGGUCUGCUUGUCGGGCUGGGACAUACCGGCGUGGUGAAGAGCCCUACCUAUACGCUCCUGGAGCCGUACAAUAUGUCAGCAGCUGAGGUGUUUCACUUCGAUUUGUAUCGGGUGAAUGAUCCACAGGAACUGGAAUUUAUCGGAUUUGACGAAAUUAUCGAUGGCCCGGGUUUGAAGCUGUUUGAAUGGCCGGAAAAAGCGGCGGACUGGUGUCAGUUGUCUUUACUUAACGUGCUGAACAGAAACACAAAGAUGGCAGCGCUGCUUGCGCUGCUGUUUAGCAGCCUGUUGCCUGGGUCGGUAUCUGCUGUGGCGUUGAAAAGUGUGCGUAUGCACGAAGCGCCGGAUUCCACCCGGGUGGUGUUUGAUACUGACGCGGCUGUGACCUAUAAGAUUUUCACCCUUGAAGACCCACACCGGGUGGUGGUGGAUCUGCAGGGUGUGACGCCUCGACCCGGCUUUGAUCCCGCCGUGGUAGCGGUUGGGCGAGCACGGGUGAACAGCCUGCGGGCGGCAGAUCGCAACGGCAAUUAUCGGCUGGUCAUCGACCUGAUUGAACCCAAUCCCAGCUCGCCGGCACCCAGAGUUGUCGCGCCCGCGGCGAAUCGGGAUGUAGUCAUUGCCAUUGAUGCCGGGCACGGUGGCGAUGACCCCGGCGCGGUCGGACCGAAAAGAAUUCUUGAGAAAAACGUUGUGCUGCAGAUUUCACGGCGUCUGAAACGUAAUCUGGAUGCAGUAGAUGGGUUUCGUGCUGAACUGGUACGAACUGGUGAUUACUACCUGCCUCAUCGCAAGCGUACUCAGCUGGCACGGGAUAAACGGGCUGAUCUGUUUGUCUCGGUUCACGCGGAUGCGUUCAAAGAAGCCAACGUGAAAGGUGCUUCGGUCUAUACCCUGUCAGAUCGCGGCGCAACCAGUGAAACGGCGGCCUGGCUGGCUGAGCGAGAAAACAGAGCUGAUUUGUUGGGUGGUGUGGGUGACGUCAGUCUGACCGACAAGGAUCCGGUGCUGGCACAUGUGCUCCUGGAUUUGUCCAUGGAUGCCAAUCGAUCGCAAAGUAUUGAUGCCGGUCGCGCGGUACUGGCGAACCUGGGUCGGGUCACAAAGCUGCACAAACAGCGUGUGGAGCAGGCGGCUUUUAUUGUGCUGAAGUCGCCGGAUAUGCCUUCUAUUCUCGUUGAAACAGGUUUUAUUUCCAAUCCUGACGAAGCCCGGCGCCUGUCUCAGGCCGAGCAUCAGGCUAACGUUGCUCGUGCCAUCGCCGAUGGUAUUGAACAGUUUAUGCGCCUCAACCCGCCGCCGGGGUCGUUGCUGGCAUCACAAAAUGUGCCGUCCAAUGAAAUGCGUUACACCAUCGCGCCGGGAGAUACCCUGUCUGCGAUUGCGCAGCGCUAUGGCGUCAGUUCCACAACGCUCAAAUCAAAAAAUGGAUUGCGCACAGACACCAUCAGAGUGGGUUUUGUUGCAGACCAAAUUGCCGCCGGCGAGGUUGUGGAGCGGCCUGCGUCUAUCGUGAAAGAGCUGAUUGAGAAUAGCCUGGAUGCACAAUCUUCCCAGAUCGAUGUCCGCACAGAGGAAGGUGGCAGCAGUCUGAUCUGGGUACAGGACAAUGGUUAUGGCUUGCACCAUGACGAUUUAUCUCUGGCGCUGGAACGGCAUGCAACCAGUAAAAUAACAGAUGCAGAAGAUCUGCUGGGCAUUGCCAGUCUUGGUUUUCGUGGUGAAGCACUGGCCAGUGUGGCGUCUGUUGCCCGGGUCAAACUCAGCAGCGCCCAACCUGGCGCCACCAUGGGUUAUCAGCGCGAGGUGCAUGGCGGAGAGCUGAUGGCGCAGGGGCCGGUUGCCCACAACACCGGUACCACCGUGGAAGUGCGCGAUCUUUUUUACAACACACCUGCGCGGCGUAAAUUUCUGAAAGCUCAGCGCACUGAGGCAGCACAGAUCGAUCAGGUUUUCCGGCGCUUGAGCCUGGCGCAUAUGGACGUUGGUUUUUCGUUGCGGCAAUCCUCUGAAAAGUCUGCCUCCGCGCGGGCGUUGUCGCUGCCGGCGGGGCGUAUUGAAGAACGUCUCGGUCAGGUCCUUACAGCAGAUUUUCUCACCCACAGUAUUGUGGUUGAUGAAAGUUGGGAUAACUUGCGUCUGCAUGGCUGGGUGGGGUUGCCCGCCUUCCAUCGACGUCUGGCGGACCAACAAUAUUUUUAUGUGAAUGGCCGGGCGAUACGCGAUAAGUUAGUCGGGCACGCGGUUCGUCAGGCUUAUCGGGAUGUCAUGUUCCAUGGGCGGCAACCGGUUUUUGUGCUGUAUUUUGAGCUGCCUCAGGAUACUGUCGACGUCAAUGUGCACCCGACCAAGCACGAGGUGCGGUUUCGCGAAUCCCGCGCGGUGCAUGAUUUUAUUUUUGGCAGCUUGAAUCGCGCCCUGCGGGAAGUGCGUCCACACACUCAGGAUACAACCCAGGCGUCGGUAACCAUGUCGUCAAUCCCUGCGCCCUUCCAAUCCGACGGGCAGCCGACAAAAACCUGGCCGUCGGUACAGGAGAGCGCUGCGUUCGAAAUGUCUCCGGGUGCACAACCUGAGUCGAUAGAAAAUUCAGCUGCAGCACCAUCCGCUAGCGGGCCGCAGUCGCAAACCCCGCCAUUGGGUUAUGCGCUGGGACAGGUGCACGGUGUGUAUAUCCUGGCGCAGAACAACGAAGGACUGGUGAUUGUUGAUAUGCAUGCGGCGCACGAGCGGGUGACCUACGAAAAGCUGAAAGCUCAGGCGGCAAAUGCAUCAAUCCCGCGUCAGCGUCUGCUGGUGCCGGAAAACCUCAACGUGACCGAGGCAGAAGCAGAACUGGUGGAAAAUCUAAGUGAUACUUUCCUGCAGGCGGGCCUGGUCAUCGAGCGCUCCGGCAUCCAGUCAGUGUGUCUGCGCGAGGUGCCUGCACUGAUAUCCUUUAAAAAGUUGCAGCCUAUGGUUCGUGAUUUCAUUGCUGAACUGGCUGAGUUUGGUAACAGCGAUGAGCUGGUUCGCGGUCAACUCGAUCUGUUGGCCAGCGUCGCCUGUCAUGGCUCCGUGCGCGCUAACCGUAGUCUUACCAUUGCAGAAAUGAAUGGACUGCUGCGCGAGAUGGAAGUUGUCCUGCUGCUUGGCCCUACGGCGGUGGGUAAGACCGCGGCAGCCAUGGCUCUGUUUGAUCAGCUGGGUGGCGCUGAUAAAGUGCGAUUGAUCAGUGCCGAUUCAGCUCUGGUUUAUCAGGGCAUGGAUAUCGGCACCGCGAAACCCAGCAAAGCUGAGCUGGCACGCUACCCCCACGAAUUAAUCGAUUUUCGCCAGCCCCAGGAUACCUACACCGCGGCAGACUUUAUUGCCGAUGCUGACCAACUCGUCGAAGACGCUCUGCAGCAGGGACAAUUGCCGGUGAUAGUUGGUGGCACCAUGCUCUACGUGAAGCGCUUUGUUGAGGGUAUCGCCGAACUGCCAAGUGCCGACCUGGGUAUUCGGGCGCAGCUGCAGGCUGCUUUUGAUGCGGGUAAAGGCUCUGAAUUACAUGCUGAGCUUGCAGCCAUUGAUCCAAAGGCCGCGGCAAACAUUCACCCGAAUAACCCUCAGCGGCUGCUGCGGGCGUUGGAGAUUGUGCAACAAACCGGUCAACCCAUCAGUCAUCUGUGGUCGGAACUUGGCGGGCCGCCUGCUGUCGAACGCCUGCAGGCCCAGAUACGCAGUUUUGCCAUCGUGCCGGACGACCGCAAAGUUCUGCAUGAACGUAUUGCGACGCGCUUUGCAGCCAUGCUGGCAGCGGGAUUCCUUGAUGAGCUGCAGGCUUUGUUUGCAAAGCCAGAAUUAAAGGCAGAUCUGCCAGCACUGCGUGCGGUAGGUUACCGUCAGGGGUUUGCCUAUUUACGCGGCGAAUGCAGUGAGGCGCAGUUUCAUGCUGAUGCGGUUACCGCGACGCGCCGCUUAGCCAAAAGGCAGCUGACCUGGCUGCGCCAAUGGCCAGACUUACAGAACCUGUUCUGGGGCGAUGCUGACACACUCGCUGCGGAGAUUGUCAGUGCGGCGCCUGCAGUACUUCCUAUAGAAGAUGUGGAUCGUCCACAGGACGUAGCGAAUCCGGAUAAAGACGAAUUUAUUGAGCUGGCUCGUUCGGCCGAAAUCGAUGUGGUUGAGGUUGUUGUCUCACCUCGUGAUGCGCCAGAUGCUCGCGCAUUUGUCGGAUCCGGCAAAGUUGCAGAAGUUAAACAAUUGCUGCGCGCAGGUGAUGCGGACCUGCUGUUGAUUAAUCACGAAUUGUCAGCCGGCCAACAACGGAAUCUGGAGAGUGAGCUCGAGUGUCGCGUGAUUACGCGCACUGAACUGAUUUUAACCAUAUUUGCCGAGCGCGCGCGCAGCCACGAAGGUCAGCUGCAGGUUGAGCUGGCUCAGCUCAAACAUGCCCAGACCCGAUUAGUUCGUGGUUGGACUCACCUCGAUAGACAGAAAGGUGGCAUCGGUAUGCGCGGUGCGGGUGAGAAACAGAUUGAGCUUGAUCAGCGGAUGUUGAGCGAGCGCAUCAAAUCGGUGGAAAAGAAGAUUGCCGUUGUCAGCAAACGCCGCAGUCAGAAUCGGCGCGGUCGUGGCCGUCGCGGUACCCCAACAGUUGCAUUGGUUGGUUACACGAACGCCGGCAAAUCGACGUUGUUCAAUCAGAUGACUAACGCCAGCGUCUAUGCAGAAGAUCAGUUGUUUGCGACCCUGGAUCCCACCAUGCGUCGUAUUGCGGUGCCGGGUUUAAAUGACGUGGUGCUGGCAGAUACAGUAGGCUUUGUGUCGCUCCUGCCACAUGCUUUGGUAGAGGCAUUUAAAGCUACGCUGGAAGAAGUGGUGCAUGCAGAUCUGCUGCUGCACGUGGUGGAUGCUGCAGAUGAGCUCAGCGAAGAACGCCUGCAGCAGGUCAGAGAUGUCCUACAAGAUAUCGGUGCAGACCAGGUGCCUGAGAUGCUGGUCUUGAAUAAAAUAGAUCUGUUGCCACAUAACGAGAUACCGCAAGCGGUGCAGGAAACGCACGGUAACGUCAAAGGCGUUUUCCCUGUGAGCGCAAUUAACGGCCAGGGCAUCACGGCCCUGAUAGAAGGAAUCGGCGCGGCACUGGGUGUUGCGGCGCCGCAUCAGGUAGUAUUGGACUCUGCCGACGGACGCACGCGCGCCUGGCUAUAUCGGUCCGGUGCGGUGUUGGAUGAGCAAACCAUGGAAGACGGCAGCCUGCAGUUAACCCUGCAAGCGGAUGACGGACUGCUUAAGCAACUGCAAAGUUCACCACAAGUUAUGUUGCGUGGUGACAAUACCCCCCCUAAAAUUUCGAUCAGCAACUAA